AUGGGACAGUUUAACGACUGUAACUGCUUGAAUGGAUUUAAUGAAUCAUUGUCUGAAACUGGUGAAGUCGUCUGUAAUCCUAUAACCUGCCCUCCAUCGACUGCUCCUACUAAUGGAUCUGUGAUAUACAGUUCUAUUGCUGAUAAAAAUGGAACCUAUGCCCUGGAUGUGGUUGCGACCUACAACUGUGACAAUGGAUUUUCUUUGGCUGGUGACCAAGCAAGGACGUGUACUGGAGAUGGCAACAGCACUACUGGUGCUUUUAAUGGAUUGCCUCCAACUUGUGAAUCCAUAACAUGCCCCGCUCUGCUCUUCCCGAACAACGGCAGUAUUGACUUUGGUGGAGCCUCACCUGAUGAAAACAGUACCUAUGCUUUUAAUACGGUUGCUACCUACAACUCCAUAACAUGCCCCGCUCUGCUAUUCCCGAACAACGGCAGUAUUGACUUUGGUGGAGCCUCACCUGAUGAAAACAGUACCUAUGCUUUUAAUACGGUUGCUACCUACAACUGUGACGCUGGGUUUUCUCUGGUUGGUGACCAAACAAGGACGUGUACUGGAGAUGGCAACAGGACUACUGGUGCUUUUGAUAGAUUACCUCCAACUUGUGAACCUAUAACCUGUCCUCCCUUACCUCCUACUACCAAUGGGUGUGUGAUAUACAGUUCUACUGCUGAUGAAAACAACAACUAUGCCUUUGAUGUGGUAGCCACCUACAGCUGUUACACUGGGUUUUAUUUGGUUGGUAACAGCUUAAGUUGCACUGGAGAUGGCAGCAGCCCUAUUGGUGCUUUUAACGGACUAGCUCUAAUCUGUGAAGCUAUCCAGUGCUCGUCUUUAGCAGCCAUCGACAAUGCUGUCAUCAGCUACAACCCUGUUGGCACCGAACCGUUUCCAUUUAACACUGAGGCCACUCACACUUGUGACACUUUUUACACUCUAACUAGUGGGGAUGCUUUGAGGGUGUGUGGGGGAGACGGCUCUAAUACCAACGACGUCUGGAGUGGUACUGCUCCAGGAUGUUCACCCAGUCUCCCAAUAAUCACGAGUGAUCCCAGUGACCUCCUCUUAGUUGUUGAAGGGACUAAUGUUCAAUUCUCUGUCACUGCUGAAGGUGUUGGUUUGACUUACCAGUGGAUGAAUGGAGCUGGAGAGCUUUCUGACAUGAUCGAUAAUAUAUCGGGUGCUACCUUGGCAACCUUGAUGAUCGGGAAUGUUGCCUUGUCUGAUGUCAAUGGCUAUUCAGUCCGAGUUAGCAACAGUGCUGGUGACGUCACUUCAUCUAUUGCAAAUCUAAUCACAACCUCCAGUUACCAAGUGACCCUUAGCAACAGUUCUUUACUGGAAACUAUAGAGAGUGAUCAAGCUAGCAUUCUGUAUCAAGCAAAUCUGUCGAGAAUUAAUGGAGUAGAAAUUCAAGAAUUACCUAACGCGGUCAGAGUCACACUGGUUGCUGAGGGGACACCUUCAAACACAGUUUCUGAGGAAGGUGUUGAUUUUAGCAUUGGGCCCCUCCUGGUUACGUUUGGUCCGUGUGACCCUUGCACCCCAGACAACCUGCAGAGGGAGGCACAGCUGUGUGUGAAGGAUGACGAUGAUUUGGAGUUUGAGCAUGGGUUCACUCUUAGUGUUGAUUUAGCGUCAACAGACCCCUCAGGGAUAACCGCAGGAGACCCGCUGCAGGUCACCAUUACUGAUGAUGAGCAAUCGACAGUUGGUGUAACAUUCGACCAAGCUAGCUACAUUGUUGCUGAGAACAGUAGCCUCACUGUCACUGGAAGACUCACUGGACUAACAGGAGAGCUGCAAAGCAACUUCUUUCUCACACUUAGUGUCGAUUUCUCUGUUGAUCCAUUAACAAAUACUAGUGAUAUCACAUUCAACCCUUCGGAUUUGAUCAUCAAUUUCGUUGCCUUUGAAAACACAACAUUUUCUUUGACUAUUGAUACUAACGACGAUGCCGACUUUGAAGGUUUUCACUCGUUUGUUAUAUCUCUACCGACUGACUCUAACUAUAUUGUUCCUCUUGGUAGAGACACUGCCAAUACAACUGUCACCAUCAGCGACUUUGAUGAUGCUACCGUAAGUGUGUCCUCUGCCGUUGUCACUGGAGAUGAAGGCACCAUCGUUGCAGACAUUGAGCUCAGCUUUAAACUAGUCCCCGACACUGCAGAUGCCAGUGAUUAUGAUCCAGUGGGAAGUUUUUUCCUCAAUUCUGCUGGUGGUUCUGAGGAUUGUGUAACUGUUAGUCUGCUGGAAGAUGAGAUCAUUGAAAGUGAUCAACAAUUCUCAUCUAUUUUAUCUUCUGUCAAUGCUCGAGUUGAUGUCAGUGAAACCGUUAUUGUUAUCACCAACACAAAUAUUCCCACGCUUAACUUCUUAUCAAGCGAUCUCACAGUGGUGGAGGGAGUAGACGAAUUUGUUUACUAUCCGUUGAGAAUCACGGACGUACCUGCCGGAGGACUGGAGGGGUUAAUCGAGUAUGAACUCCUUGUGAGUCCAAGUGAAGCAACUUUGAAUGUUGACUAUCGUGCGGACAAUCCAUCAAUAGUCUCAUUUGGUAGCCCUGGAGAGAUCACCUCACAGGCUGAACUGGAAGGAACUCUUUCUACACCAGCUCAGAUUGAGAUUCUGGAUAACAUGAUACUCGAUACAGAUAAUGAAAAUGUUCAGGUGUUCUUGUUAGCGACUGGUAACUUCAGGUCAAUGGACAUCAUCAUUGUGGACAAUGAAAGGGCUGUGGUUAGUUUUGAUGCUGUAAGCUACGCUAGUACCGAGGGCUUAUCUGUCAGUCUGGUUCUGAACCUGACGGGUAUUCCACUAGGCGGUUUCCAAGACAACACGCUCACUGUUACCUUGACAAUCAUCGAUCAGGAGAAGACUAGUGCUAGUGACUACAAUGUCCCUGUUCCAUUCCAAGUGACAUUCACCUCACUGACCCCGCCCUUUGCCAUAUCUGACCCAGUAGUCAUCACAGCAGUGAUGGACAAUCUGUUUGAAGACACUGAAACGUUGCAAGUGAUGAUCUCUGACAUUAGCUCCCUAUAUGUGAUGUGUACUGAAUGCACUGCAGACCUCACUUUCCAACAAGCUGCAGCUGACAUACCUACUUGGAGCUUUGACAGCGCUAUCAUCACCGCAAGUGAAGGCAACUCAGUUGAUGUGUGUGCCACUCUGUCUGGUAUCCCUAGCAAUGGACUCGAGUGUGAUAUUGUGCUGCAGUUGACGGCAAUGCUUGGGGCUAUGAAUCAAGCUGUUGAAGGAGUAGACUUCGACCCUAACGACCUUGAAUUUGAAAUUGUGUUUGAGACCUCGAUAAUUGGGUCCACGGCAACUCGCUGUGCUGUGAUAAAUUUCAUUGAUGAUGAUAUUUUAGAGAGUUCCGAGUUGUUCAACGUCACAGUCUCUUCGGUAACUCCUUCUAUCGUCAUUGGAGACACAUCGCAGAGUGUUGAACUUCAGAUUGACGACACUGAUGCUGACAUGUGUGAGCUGAGCUUUGUGUCGCUAAGUUACACUGUGAGUGAGGAUGUUGGCUCUGUGAGUGUGUGUGCCAGGAUUACUGGUCUGCCCUCAGGGGGUCUGGCUGCUGACUUGGCAGUCAACUUUGAAUUUAUGGACAGCACCAAGACAAGUAUUAAUAAUGACUAUGAUCCUUUGGGCACGUCUGUGGUGUUUGAGGCUGGACUCACGGGUGAUGGCUGCAUUCAGUGUCUCGAUAUCGCUAUAGUGAAUGACACUGUUUACGAGGGAGAUGAUCAGAGGUUCAGUGUGAUGGGGGGUAAUGUGGGCCUUGGCUGUGUCUUCUCAGCGGAUGAUACCGCUACCAUCUAUAUUACGGAGAAUCUGGAAGAUGUUCCGUCAGUGAGCCUUGACUCUGAUCAGCUGAUUGUGAUGGAGUCUGAUGAAGUAGCGAGUGUGUGUGCCACCAUCUCUAAUGUGCCUGGGGGUGGACUGGAUUGUCCAAUCAUUCUCUCUCUGUCUGCAGCACCUGGGAACAACAAAUCAGCAACCAAUGGAACGGACUACUCUCCUCCGGUGGACUUUCAGAUUGAGUUUGGCUCUAGUUCAUUGUUUGGGGACUCAGAGUGUGUGAAUGUGACAAUCAGCAAUGACAACUUUGUAGAGGGCAGGGAAGAGUUUGUUGUCAUUGUAACCGGUGUGACGCCGCAAGUGGAGCUAUCUGGAUCCGAUUCUGUGGCAGUGAUCAUCGUUGAUAAUGACUCUGCAAUGGCCUCCUUCUCUCCCGGCAGUGUAACAGUGACUGAGUCUGACUUUGUCAACAGCAGUGUGUGUGUGGUGCUCACUUCUCUGCCAGCUGGAGGUGCACUAGAGUGUGACAUUGACAUCACCUUGACUCCCCUUCAAGACACGGCAGUAUUAAACGAGGACUUUGAAUAUUUCGAGACUGUAUUGACGAUUCCUGCUGGGACUGUCCUAAACCAACCUGUAUGUGUCUACGGACUCCAGUUUGGAAUAGUGGACGAUCAGAUUGUGGAGGACUCCCAAUCUUUCAAUGUUAUGCCGUCAAGUGUGUCCCCUGCCAACACUUUGACUGUUUCUGAUUCCUUCAUUGUCACUAUUCAGGAUAAUGAUUAUGUUGGGGUGGGUUUUGAGAGGUCAGAAUACAGUCUAGACGAGGGGACCUCACAGUCGGUGUGUGUUCUCUUCUCUAGACAGCUGCAACGGUCGCUCUCAUUGAGCAGUGACUUUGAGGACCUCAGAGGAUUGCUUAGAGGUGAACUGAGGUUAGGAGUUCCUGGUCCGUCUUAUCUGAUUGGAGUCGGUGCAAAUGCCUCCAACACAGUGGAGCCAGGGAGUGUGUGUAUGUCUGUAGACAACGUGGAUGACUCAGUGAAGGAAGGCAACAGACUCUCUCUGCUCAGACUGAACAGCUCUGAGACGGCCGUGAUGAUUGGGGAGCGGCAGGCGCUGUUCAUUGAGACUGCUAAUGAUGUUAUCGUGGCCUUUCUGACAUCUCUUAGUGGAAUGGUGGAUGAAUAUGAUGGAGCAGUGGAGGUGUGUGUACAGCUGAACCACAGGCCCCUGGACACCAUCGUUACGGCAAUACUCACAACACAACCUCUCACGGCAACAGAAGGAGAAGACUUUGUGCCACUGAAUGUCACCCUGGUGUGGCACUACGACUCUCCCAGCCUCACUCAGUGUGUGAGUGUGGCCAUCAUCAAUGACGAGUGUGUGGAGGAGAAAGAAGAAGUGUUCACUGUCUCUCUGUCCACAGAGGAGGAGUGUGUUAACAUCGGACCAGACAACCAAACUACUGUCACCAUACUGGACAAUGAUCAGCUGCUAGUGGAUUUCAGAGAUCCGUUUUUUAAAGUGGAGGAAUCAGCUGGCAAUGUCACAUUGUGUGUGUACAUCUGCGAUGGAGUGCUCAAAAGAAAUGCAAGCAUCACAUUAGCUACGGAGGCUACUUCUUCAUCUCCAGCAGACUUCAAUGGCUCCUCCUACGAACUAACCUUUACGCCAGACAACGCUCAUCAGGACUUGUGUGUGACCAUCGAUAUCGCCAAUGACACCAUCUACGAACAGACUGAGCAGUUUAUGGCUGUUCUGACCACCAACGACUCGUGUGUAGAGUUCAAGCAAGAGUCCACACUAAUCUCAAUACUAGAUGAUGACUGUGUAACACUUGAUCUGCAACCAGUAUCGAAAAUGAUAGCAGAAUCAGUGGGAGUGGUUGAGGUGUGUGUCUCCCUGUAUGGAGAGCUGGAGACCAGUGUCAAUGCCAUGGUCUUCACUGUGCCUGGAGAUGCAAAGUAUGAUGAUGACUUCUCGUUUGAUACUGGAAUGGGUUCUAUCACUCUCACCUUCACCGAGGCUGGGGAGCAAUGUAUCAACAUCUCCAUAGAGAUGGACAACUUGCUGGAGACCUCUGAACAUUUCUCUGUAGUAAUGGCCUCUCGAGAUGACAGAGUGAAAUUGAACAACAGUAUCUCACGAAUCUACAUCAUUGACAGCGGAAUGGUGAGGUUUGGAUUCUCUCAGAGUGUGUACCCAGUGCCUGAGGAGGACGCCAGUGGAGAUGGUUACAUUUUGGAGGUGUGUGUGGAGCUCUUCUCUGGAGAGGUGGGUAGAGACGUUGUCAUCACUCUGGAAAAUCAGGAUGGAUCAGCUAUUGGAAAGCAAGAUUUUGUAGAAAUUGAAGAAGCUAUUACAAGUGUGGACGUUGUAUUCGCACCUGCAUCUACACAUCUUCACUGGGGAAGAAGAAGGAAGCGAGCAGCAGCAGCACUACCUCGGUGUGUGAAUGUGACCAUUCUGGCCGAUGAUGUCGUGGAGACUGACGAGUACUUUAGUCUGGUACUGAGCAGUAUAGACCCUGGAGUUACUCUCAUGCCAGCCAACGCUACUGUGGUCAUCUCAGACAAUGACUAUGCCAACGUGAGUCUGGCCCUAGAUGCUUAUAAUGUGGCCGAGAGUGAUGGCAAUGUGUCUGUAUGUGCUGUUCUGCUCGGAGGGGAGCUGGCCCGGGAAGUGGCCGUCAAUAUCACUACCACUGACACCACCAUAGGAACAGCUGCUGCUGGCUCUGACUAUACCUCAGUGACGGACUACACUCUGAGCUUUGCCGCUGGUUCUCCAGUGAACUCCAUGUCAUGUGUGGACAUUGUGAUCCUCGAAGACAGUGCAGUGGAGGACAUUGAACGUUUUUAUGUGGAGCUGUCCACCAGUGACCCUGUGAACAUCCUGUCACCUGACAAUGCUUCCGUGUCCAUCUUAGACGAUGACGUCCUUGGAGUCGGGCUCGUUAAUUCCAGUUUCACUAUGAAUGAAACUAAUGGCUAUCUGACAGUUGGAGUUGAGAUUCUGGAUAGCAGUUUAGGGUCGGAACAGAGUGUGUUGAUAUUCACAACAGCUGGUACGGCUACUCCAGGCCGUGACUAUGAGGAGCUUUCAAAUAAGUUUUUGAGUCUCUCGAGUGGACUGGGGGUUGGAGACGUGGUCUACUUCAAUGUGAGUAUCUUCAACAAUGAGGCAGUGGAAGAGAUGUUUGAAAACUUCACUAUCCACUUGAAUGACACGGCUCGUGUGUCCGUCAUUGGAACUCAGUAUGCUGUUGUUGAUAUCAGAGAAGAUGAGACAGAUGUGCUUGGAGUUGGACUUGUUAGUUCCAGUUUCACUGUAAACGAGAUUGAUGGCUAUCUGACUGUUGGAGUUGAGAUUUUGGAUGGCAGUUUGGAGUCGGAACAGAGUGUGUUGAUAUCAACACAAGCUAGUACUGCUACUCCAGGCCUCGACUACGAGGAGAUUUUGAGUAUGAUGUUGAUUCUCCCGAGUGGACUGGGGGUUGGAGACGUGGUCUACUUUAAUGUGAGUAUCCUCAAUGAUGAGGCAGUGGAGGAGUUGUUUGAGAACUUCACUGUCUAUUUGAAUGACACGGCUCGUGUGUCUGUCAAUGGAACUCACAAUGCUUUUGUCGAUAUCAGGGAGGAUGAGACAAAUGUUGUCAUGGUGACGUUUGCCCUGGCAGAAGUGUUAGUAAAUGAGGGUGACAGUGGAAGUGUGUGUGUCAACAUCACUGGUCAACUGGAACGACAGGUGUCUAUCAGUGUGUCCAUCUCUGGAGACUUUGCAAGCACGGCUUCAGAUCAUGAUUUCCCUGCUUCUACUUUGUUCAGCUUUAGCUCCUCCCCUGACACUUACUGCAUCUCCUUCAACGCCAUCCAAGAUGCCAUUUAUGAAAAUGAUGAGACCAUCUCUGUUCUUCUUGACUCCUCUGACCCUCAAGUCAAUACUGGUGCUGUCAGCACAGUCAGCAUUUUUGACAAUGACGAAGUUGAACUCCAGUUGGUGGUGGAAAAUGUGUGUGAGAGUGAGGGUCCUGCCAUGGUGUGUGUGCAGCUAAAGACGAACACUGAGAGAGAAGUCACUGCCACUGUGCAAACAUCCGAUCUCAGUGCUCGGAGUGGAUCCGACUACAUUACUUCCACAGUGACCUUCAGUUUCCCCAACCCAUCUCCUGCUGACACAAUGCAGUGUGGAUCUGUGCCUAUAAUGGGUGACACCAUUGUUGAGCCUUGUGAAGCUUUCUACCUGAACCUCACCUCCUCUGCUGAGAGGAGCCGUAUUGUCGAUGACCUGCCUAAUACUGUGAUCAUCUAUGACGAUGAAGAUGUCGAUGAGUUGCUUCUUUUCAAUGACUCUCCACAAAUCUUUGGUAGGAACCUCACUGUGGACUUCACCAUAUCUGGGUGUGCUCAAGUUUUGUGUCAAAUCACAGCGAGAACAGCCGAGUUUGACUGUUCUCCCUCUACUGGUAGCUUCACUGGACAAUGGUACCAAGAGUCAGUCACAAGCAGGAGGACUAUCAAUAAGCUUCUUCUUACUUCUAUGCCACACUGUCCCAGUCAAAUUGUUCCAGGGCUUAAAGAAAGAACUUUCCGUAUAGACAACACACAUUGUAGUAUGGUAUUCACUGACCAGCAGUACGAGGUUGACCCCAUAUCUGGUGACGUGACUGUGGAGUGGGCCGGAACUGGACCAACUGCUGAAGUCAAUGUCAGUGAAUUCACGUGUCGUCUGCCCAAUGGAACGUCUACAGAUUGCACCAGUCCAUUUGUGAUCACUGGUCUAGCUCCAGGUGGUGCCCACACCUUCACAGUGACACCUCGACAAAUCAGUGACUCUAACAUGCCUCAAUGUGAGAGUAGUAGGAGGGGAUUGAUUGGUCGAUCCAUUGUCAUCCAGCUCUAAAGAACAAUUUCCUAUAAUUAUACAUGUACGUAGCUAUAGCUAAUGCUUUAUCAUUAGAUUGAACAGUUAUAAUUAUAACACCAAAAAAAUUUAAUUAGUUCCGUCUUUAUUUUUAUCCCCAUACUAUUCUUCGUUUGUAGCUAUAGUGAAUGUAUCAAACUCAUUAUGAUAUGCCAUGCAUGCAACUGUCAUGUAUUAGCAAUUAAUUGUCAGUCAUGUAUUAGCAAUUAAUUGUCAGUCAUGCAUGCAUUGCGUGUUCUUGACUCUUCUCAAUUAUUAAUUUUAUCCUCGAGAUGUUCAUAUUUUUCGGGCUAGAUAAUUCUCA